AUGAACUUUGAUUUUCCCAAACUCAACAUGAGAAAAUUGAUUGCAAUGGUUUUCUCAAUAGGAGUCGAAGAUAUGUCUAAACGAACGCAUUCGAUUACAGAACAUAAGUUUACUAAAAGACGUAGGACUUUAAGAGAAAUGAUGCAAAUGAUAAUAUUUAAUAAAAUUUACAAUCCAUUCUCUUACAAUCAUAACAACGUUACACAAUGGUUGAAACUAGAAGAAGUGAAUUUACCAAACAAUAAAAUUUGCGACCUGCCAGUGCAAUUAGGCACUUUACCUUCUGUAAAAUUCCUGAAUCUGUCACAAAAUUGCAUUGGAAUUUCCAGUAAAUAUAAAUGGUUAUGGUUAGCACAACCUAAGAUCAGAAAAACAUUACUCUUCCUUUAUAUGAGUAAAAAUUUGAUAACAGAAUUACCAUAUUAUAUUGGGAAGUUGAGUGCUUUGUGGGUACUGGACGUUUCCUACAACGCGUUGAGAACCGUACCAGAAAGCAUCGCCGAUAUACCAGAUCUCGGAGCUUUCUAUGUGUCAUAUAAUUCGCUAUUCAGUUUACCAAUAGAAAUUUUUAUUCGACCGUUCCAUUUGGACGUUUCAAUGAAUCCAUGUAUAAUCAAAGAUAAUUCGAAGAAUGAGAGUCCUUUGGAGAGUAAAUUUCCAAGUCUUAAACAAUUAUCAGCCGCAACAGUGCGGCGAUAUAGGAUACCAUAUAGUAGUAGUUUACUGCCAGAUUCGUUUGUUGAUUGCACAGAUUCCCCAAAACGUUGCAUCUUAUGCAAAAAUCUUUAUAGGAUUGCCUAUGUACGUUCGUUGAUUUCUUGUGAACUAAGAUCUACAUUGCAGUUACUUGCUUAUCAAGAGGAAUGA